CUACCUUCAAACAUGGCCGUGAGAGAGCAAGCGCUGAAACAGCAGUUUACCUUCAGUCUGCUUCCUUCCAAAGUCUUUGCUUUCACUCAGGACAGACAUACCACGGAGUUCUUCAUGAAAUGGUCUAUGCUGGGGAGAAUCUCUGCGCAAACGUUUAAGUUUGACCAGUUGUUUCAUCCUUACAGGAGACAUGAUUUUGUAUCAGAUUUCUUCAGAGAUCCCAAUGUUAUCUCCAACUUGAAGGUGAUUGGUCCUUUGGGAUUGUGGGAACCUUUCGAAAAAGACAUUGCCAGUUUAAAUGUGGAAAUCAUUCCAUGCACAAAGGUUUCAAUGGACAUUUUUGACCCCUUAUACAAUAGUGGAAUAUUACACCCUAAUGGUCAUAUUGUAAAAUGUUUCCAUGAACACUACACCAACUUUGAUGAGUUGAAAAAAAUGCUUCUUAUAGAGGAUUCUGAAAAUUAUGGAAUAAUCAGCCUGGAAAAUCGUGUGGAAUUUCUGUUCAGACUCUUCAAGCACAUCUGCUUAGGUGGUGAGCUUUGCCAGCAUGAGGAUGUCAUCAGUCCUUACAUUGAGACAACGAGGUUAAUAUACAAAGAUCUAAUUAGUGUUCGGAAAGAUCCGGAUACUAAAGAAAUCACCGUCGUUUCAACUGUGUUGAAAGUAACUGCCUGUGAUCAUUUUGGCUUGUGCUACCCUUCAAGAAGUGGAGAAGAGCAGAAUUUUGCCUAUUUAAUUGUCGACCCUCUGAAGCGGCACGUGCACGUUCUGUACCAUUCAUUUGGAGUUGGGCUUUUUAAUACCUGAAAUUAAUGGAAUGCCAAAUUAUAUGAAAUAUGUAUAUGUAAAUGCCACUGGCCUACAGUAACAGGCAGCAUAAAACUACAGCUGCAAUGGUAGAAGUAAUUUUUUUUCUUAUCUUAAUUUCAAUUUUAAUUGUUUUUUUUUUAUGUCACACUUACAUAGUAUUAAAUAUGUGUAGGCUAAUAAUAAUAGAGCACGUGAUCUAGGUCUGGUUUUCGAGUGUUUAUUUUGUCCAUUGUAGGUAAAUUCUAGAUUUCCAGAAUGUUUAUUGUCCAGACCCGUAUUGCACCAAAAUUAACUAUUUAAUGAGAAAUAUUCUCUGAUUAUGAGGAGUGAUGGCCGCAAUCCGUGUGGCGCCCGUCCAAGCGUCACUGCCGGCUGCCUCCAAACUGUUGGUAAAACUUGUGUACCUCGGGAGAAGGGGGCCUUUGGUGCGUGCUUAGAAGAUGCCAUCCUGGCCGGGUGCCGGUCUUGCCCUUGUCAGGAGCGGGCACUAAUUAUCCACAUUGUUUUUUUGCUUGUUGUGGACAAAUGUUUUCACAUGCGACAGAACUGCAUACGUGUUUUAGCACUUACAAGACGCAACAAGUCGGAAUUACAUAUAUCUGCGUCCUAUUCUGAUAUCCUGGGUGUUCAGAGGUUUCUGUGGGUCUUCAGGAAAUUCUGGAUUAUUUACAUGUCUACCAGCAUGCCAGGAUAGGAGAUGGAACCAGAUUCUUCUCCCUAAAAACAGCAAUCUUGCGAAAGUUUCAGGUUCUAACACAAAUGGGAAUCUUGCCGCUUUAAGCUCCCCUUCCCUCUCCGAAUAACGACACAAAGCUCCGCCUGCUCUGAGUCAAGGAUCACAUGAGUCAUAAAAGUUUGAUGUCCCAGCGAAAGUUUAGAACAAAGUGUAACAAAACUUAGCAUGAUGGAAAAGCGCUGAUUUGCUAUGCAUGGAAAAGUAGGCCGAUCUCGUGGAAGGAAAUUUGAGCGUGUCUGAGACUGGGAAAAUAGAUUUUAAAAUGUAAGUUUAUUUAUAGUUAAUAAACAUGCUUUAAAGCUAGUUUUAUUCGCUUGUAGUUGUAUUUUUAUAGCCUAUUGCACGAAAUAAACACGACCGUUAUUGCAGAUGUAAA